AUAACCAUGUAUAACGUUUUUAGAACAGCAUGUAUCUAUCGUCCAAUAACAUAAGGGGUAAAAUAGCAUAUUCAUGUUUACAUAUCAUGAGAUGAGAUGGAAAUAUAAGAAGAAAGGUCAUCCAAUCCUUUCUCUCACACAUCUCAUCUGGGGAGGAGACAAUUAAGAGGACGAAGAGAUCGAGGAGAAGAAGUUAUGGGGAGAGGAAAGGUCCAGCUGAAGAGGAUAGAGAAUAAAAUCAACAGACAGGUGACAUUCACAAAGAGGAGAGGUGGAUUGUUGAAGAAAGCUCAUGAGAUCUCUGUUCUUUGUGAUGCUGAGGUUGCUCUUAUUGUCUUCUCCACCAAGGGCAAGCUCUUCGAGUACUCCACCGACUCUUCUAUGGAGAAGAUCCUGGAGCGAUACGAAAGAUACUCAUAUGCUGAGAGACAGCUUAUUUCAAGUGAUCCGGAUUCUACUGGAAACUGGACUCUCGAGUACACGAAAAUGAAAGCUAGGAUUGAGCUUUUACAAAGAAACCACAGGCACUACAUGGGAGAGGAUCUGGACUCUUUAACUAUGAAAGAGAUUCAGAAUCUGGAACAGCAGCUUGAUACUGCUCUUAAACACAUUCGAACUCGAAAAAACCAACUCAUUUACGAGUCCAUCUCUGAGCUUCAGAAAAAGGAGAAGGCUAUACAAGAGGAAAAUGGCAAAUUAACGAAGAAGAUCAAGGAGAGGGAGAAGACAAUGGUACAGCAAGCUCAGUGGGAGAAGCAAAACCAAGGCCCUAAUUUGGGCUCAUUUCUCAUGCCUCACGAAAAUCCAUAUCUUAACAUCGGUGGCACUUUCCAGGGGGAAUCGUCCCAGGGAAUGACGAGGAAUGAGCUAGAUCUCACUCUUGAGCCUAUCUAUCCCUGCCACCUCAGGUGUUUCCCUGCGUGAAUUUCCGGCCAUGAUCCAAGCUUUCUGGCUUUAUUUCUAUGAAUUUUGGAUUUGAUAUCCCGAUUUCCGAGUGUGUAUAUUGUAAUGUUUGGCAAGAGAGCUUUAUAAUAACUCAAACCAGCUCCGCUACCUAUUUUCAACGACAUAAAACUUGAUGAAUUGCAUUUAAAUAUUA